CUGUUUUGGUGAGCAUUCAACCUUCAAGCUAUCCCCCAAAAUCACUCUUCUCUCGGUCAAGAUGGUCCAGUCUACUUUCAAGCGUUUCGUUGAGGUUGGCCGAGUUGUCCUCGUCAACGAGGGUCCCUCCGCCGGCAAGCUCGCUGUCAUUGUCGAGAUCAUUGACCACAACAGGGCUCUCAUCGACGGCCCCACCACCUCUGUUCCCCGACAGGCCUUCCCCUACCGACACCUCAUCCUCACCCCCUACACCAUCGCCUCCCUCCCCCGAGGUAUCUCUGCUGGUCCCCUCAAGAAGGCCAUCGAGAAGGCUGGUGUCGCCGAGAAGUGGGCUGAGAGCGGAUGGGCCAAGAAGUUGGCUGCCAGGCAAUCCAGGAAGGAGACCUCCGACUUUGACCGAUUCCAGGUCCAACUCGCCAAGAGGGCUCGACGUGACGUUAUCCGAAAGGCCUACGUCAAGGAGAAGAAGGCUUCUGCUUAAGCGCCUAGUGCUUGAGUAGAGGGAGGGGAGAGUGUACGAUGGGUGUUGGACUUUUUGUAGAACGCUAAGAUGGCUACUGCAAUCGUCCUGGGUCAUGACAUUUGAUCACUGCUACGACCCUGCGCUGUGUCUGUGCUUUGGCAAGCGAGAGAAUGGCAUUUGACGCGGACAUCAUGACUGAACGCUGACCUGCUCUGCGAUCGUCUUCAGUAUCUGCUGAACCACUCCAGUGCUGACCAUCGUGUCUCAAAUCACAUGGUUGGAUCCAUCACCUAACUCUUUUUUUCCGCCUGCAAGCUUUUGAUCCGGUCAGAUGGUUGUGGCCCACUCAACAGAGGGGGUGAGUGACAGCGCUACCCCACUUGACAACGCUUCCACUUGCGAGGAAUCAAGAGUGGCAUGGGAUUGCUUGGGCGUAGCAUGACGACUAUUUUACAGUCUAUCGACAAGUAUGGCCUCGGACUCAUGUCACGUAGCGAACCAUCGCGCAACUACCAGGUAGAGGUGAGCGCAUAGUGGACUACACUGAUAUAUGCCAUUUAGCUACACAUUGAACUUUUUAUCCAUGCGAGGAGGGAGUCGCAAGCGUCGGUCCUGCGAGACAUGCAAGAGAUUAUUGAAAGUCUGCACGGAAAUGCGCCUUCAAUGGUGCUAGCCAUUGGGUACAAAUAGUGCUUUGGCUUCGCCGGGAAGCGGGGACACUCUAUAUUAACAGACUUCGAGGAUCCAAAGUGUAACAGCAGAUGCGGGCCUGUAUACCAUCAAACCACUCGAGCAAUGACCCCAUUUUGACACUCGCCUGUAGAUUGAUCCCACCGCUGUACCCUCGUAAUGAAAUUGAAUGCAAUAAUA